AUGAAGUCGAUCGGAAGGUGGGGUUCGGUGUCCGCCGUUCGGUGUUCCGGACAGUUGCUAGGCGCGCUCCUGACUGUCAACGGUAGCCGGACCAGUCUGGAUGGGUGCGUGGCACGUGUGCUUUCCGUUCACGUCCGCGGUGGACACGUCUUGCAAGUCCUCGCGCUCGCGCCCGAACAAAAGUUUCGCCGCUGGACCCGGUUCGACUUGAUCCAGGACUCGAACAGAUUCAAGCUGUACACGCCCGAGGAAGGUGUCUUUGCCGAUAACACCUCCCCCCCUGUCCCUGGCGGAGCGUCUGUUCCUGCCGAGACGUCUGUCCCUGCCGAGACGUCUGUCCCUGCCGAGACGUCUGUCACUGCCGGGACGCCUGUCCCUGCCGAGACGCCUGUCCCUGCCGAGACGCCUGUCCCUGCCGAGACGCCUAUCCCUGCCGAGACGCCUGUCCCUGCCAGGCCCUCCCUCUCCCCAUCUGCCAUAAGCUCCCCUGACGAGGAGGCCAAGCGCGUCCUAGCCGCGGCCCUUCAGGAGUAUGUGAGUGGCAAGCCGGUGGCGCCCGAGACGAUGGCCGAGGUCUGGCUCGAAAUUUUCGACCAGCCACCCGAACCGGAGUUCUACUGCCUCCGGCGACCCAUCGGCUACCGACGCCGCACUACCUGCGUCGCGGCCGUGGCGCCGUUGACGUCACAAGACCUCCUCGCACUCUGGGACCGCGUCCCCGACGACUGGCAUGCCGCCAUGGCUGCCGCGGUGCAACCUUCUGACACCGCGGAAAUCGGCCAGAGGAGGCUCCCGUCAGUCAACCAGCCCGUGGUCCACGAGCCGGUGGGCGACCAGCCGUUGGAGCCGUUGGUGGUCUUGGACCUGGACGGCAUUACGGACGAGGUUAUCGAGCGGGACGACAGUUGCGGAGACGACGAUUACGCGGACGACGGCUACGAGGAGAGCGAGGAAGGCAGCGGCUGCGUGAGAGUGAACGGGUGGUCCGGAGUGAAGAGGUGGUCGGAUAAGUUGCGUGCUUGGCGUCCAGGUUGGCACACAUGGCGGGAGCGUGCGAGUCUGGGUUCCUUGUUGGUGACAGGUGGUUUCCUGGGCUGGCUGUUGCUCGGGCAGCGUCGGUCAGCGUCGGAGUGGGCGCGGCCGGCAAACGCAUUUCCCGACCGACUUGCGUUGGCCUCGGAACUUGAAUGGGCGCGUGUGAAGUCGUGCCCAGACCGGAGAUAUGAGCCGGCGGUGAAAUACGCGCUCGCCCCCUGCGCUGGCGGCAGCGGACUGUUGGCGUGUCGUGGGGAAACUGAGGACUGGGCGGACACACCGUGCUACGUCUUUGGCAGUCCCACAUCGCUCGACUACCUCGGUGUCCGCCGCGCCGUCACGGCGCCCAAGAAUGAAACCAUGCCUGCGAAGAAGCUCUGCCGCGUCAGCUGCUUCACCGAAGACGAGAUCACUUUCCUCUACCACCUCCGACUGCUGCAGACCUUCGCCCCCACACUCCUUCCUACAUCCCUGCUGAACACCGAGCCGCCUGAACCAGCCGAGGCGGCGGUCAUGCAGAAGGCGGUGACCCGGGUCCUUCAAGACCACCCAUCCCAUCCCACAUGUCAGUCCUACUGCGGUCCCUGUUCCCCGAGCCGGCUGGCCAUGCUCGAACAUUGCCGAUGCACUUUCGCUACCGUCCGGUGCAACUUUGGCACUCGCGGAGACAAGAAGACUAUCGAACUAGUCGGCAUCAACACCACCCUGGAUCAGCUCUUCAAACAUGUGUCGAUGGGCGAAAUGAACUUCUUGUAUGUCAACCAGGGCUGCUAUUACGACUGCCUCAUUUGA